CCGCUGCGUAGCCGAAGCUCCACCACACGACACCCCGCAAAACGCCAUGCGUGCUCCUGCUGCACACUUGUCCCCCGCCUCCUCCGCCGUGCCGUCACGCAACCACGGACUCCUCCUCCACCUCCGUUUCCUACUCUCUUCUUCAGUUUCUCACCUCUCCGCACGAGAAAAUUCGAAUCCCCCUUCCGGCUGCUGGUUUUCGUGCCAGAAACAGGCGAUUUUACCAGUGCCAGUUAGCUCUCGCCUUCCUCCUCCUCCAUCGUGCUACUACUCUGUUCUUCUGGAAGAACACUGGUCUCCUCGCCUACCUCAGUCACCACUCACCACACCAGGUGCGAGCUAUAAAAACCGGCACGCCAAAAAUCUUCAAAACCACACAGAAACCUCAGAUCUCCGAGGCUUCCCAAGCGAGUCGACGAAAAUGCCCGUGAUGGCUCCGACCGCAUCUCUUCUCCUCUCCCCGAGGCCGCUGCCGGCGAGCCGCCGGGUCCCCUCGCUCCCGGCGCUCUCGGCUUCCGGUCGCCUGCGCCUCCGCCGCGCCCGCGCCGACACACGGCUCCGCGUGGCGGCGCCGCCGUCCGUCCCCGGGGAGGCGGACCAGGCGCCCGGGGAGACCGAGCCGAGCACGUCGUCGGCCGACGAGAAGUUCGUGUGGAGGGACCACUGGUACCCCGUGUCCCUCGUCGAGGACCUCGACCCCAGCGUGCCCACCCCGUUCCAGCUCCUCAACCGCGACCUCGUCAUCUGGAAGGACCCAAAAUCCGGCGAGUGGGUCGCCCUCGACGACCGUUGCCCCCAUCGCCUCGCGCCCCUCUCGGAGGGGCGGAUCGAUGAGACGGGGUGCUUGCAGUGCUCAUACCACGGCUGGUCAUUCGAUGGCUCCGGCGCGUGCACCCGGAUCCCGCAGGCGGCGCCCGAGGGGCCGGAGGCCAAGGCUGUGAGGUCGCCGAAGGCGUGCGCGAUCAAGUUCCCCACCCUCGUCUCGCAAGGGCUGCUCUUCGUGUGGCCCGACGAGAAUGGGUGGGAGAAGGCCACGGCUACCAAGCCUCCGAUGUUACCGAAGGAGUUUGAGGAUCCUGCGUUCUCCACGGUGACCAUCCAGAGGGAUCUGUACUAUGGCUAUGAUACAUUGAUGGAGAACGUCUCUGAUCCGUCGCAUAUAGAAUUUGCUCACCACAAGGUCACUGGUCGAAGAGAUCGAGCCAGGCCUUUGCCAUUCAAGAUGGAAUCAAGUGGUGCAUGGGGAUAUUCAGGGUCAAAUUCUGGAAACCCUCGCAUCAGUGCAACUUUUGUGGCCCCUUGCUAUGCACUGAACAAAAUUGAGAUAGACACAAAGUUACCCAUUUUUGGAGAUCAGAAAUGGGUCAUAUGGAUUUGCUCUUUCAACAUUCCAAUGGCCCCAGGGAAGACUCGUUCUAUAGUUUGUAGUGCUCGGAACUUUUUCCAGUUUAGCAUGCCAGGAAAAGCAUGGUGGCAGCUUGUCCCUCGAUGGUAUGAGCAUUGGACUUCAAAUUUGGUCUAUGAUGGUGAUAUGAUAGUUCUGCAAGGGCAAGAGAAGAUUUUCUUGUCUGCAUCGAAGGAGUCUUCUGCAGAUAUUAAUCAGCAGUACACAAAGAUCACGUUUACACCCACGCAGGCUGACCGUUUUGUUUUGGCAUUCCGGGCAUGGCUAAGGAAAUUUGGUAACAGCCAACCUGACUGGUUUGGAAAUCCUAGCCAAGAAGUGUUGCCUUCCACUGUCCUUUCAAAGCGUGAGAUGCUAGAUAGAUAUGAGCAGCACACACUGAAAUGCUCAUCUUGCAAAGGGGCAUACAACGCCUUCCAGACUCUGCAAAAGGUCUUCAUGGGAGCGACAGUGGCGUUCUGUGCAACUGCUGGGAUUCCUGCGGAUGUUCAGUUCAGAUUAUUGCUUGCCGCUGCUGCUUUGGUUAGUGCCGCUGUAGCGUACGCAUUUUAUACGCUCCAGAAGAAUUUUGUAUUUGUAGAUUACGUGCAUGCUGAGAUUGAUUAAACAAGCAUGACAUCUGAUCUGAGAUCUGGUGAAGCGACAUCACACGAUCAUUUGUGCAACGUAAGCUAGGGAAUAUAGAUUGUCGGUGGAUAUAGUCUAAUGUUGCAUUGUAGGCAAUAGGUUUGUAAUUUGUAUUAGCUCUUCGGAGAUGAUGUACAAAAGUUGAAAUGAAAAAUGUAAUUUUGCUCAUCAUGGCCCAAUGACUUUUGAUUGAUGACUGAUGAGUUAUUCUCAA